AUGAUGCCUACAACUAGAAGGGAUUCAUUAGUGCAAAGUAUAGCCUCGCAGCCUUUCUCUACUCAAAGUAAUGUGUCCGAUUUAUUAGAUGACACUUAUUUGUCUCAAAGAUUGGAAAAGUUGCUCCUGUCUAUUGAUAAGAGUACACUCACUAGUACUACUACCUCUUCCUCUGUUGAGACCGUACAAGAGAAAUUGAGUGAAAACACGACGGUCUGUGGAAGAUAUAAGCAAUAUACGGAGUAUCUUGAUCAAUUAAAUGCGAAUAUUGAAGGUUACACUGCAAUUUUGGAUCAAACGAGAAAGAUAAGUGACCAGUUCGCCGAAAGUAUUGUUUCAUUCGAUAAAAUUUCUAAUGAUACUACUCAAUUUAUUGAUACUACAAACGAAUUGUACGAAUCACAUCAAAAUUACACGAAACUUUCGCAGACUAUACCAGAUUUUUUACGUUACUUCGAAUCAUUAGAUCAAACCAUACGUCGUUUGAAUCAUGCUAGCUCACCAAACAUUGUAAAGAAGGAUUCCUUCAAGAGAUUGUUAUCUACAAUAGGUUCCUCUUUAAUCUUCCUAGAAUCAAAUUCCAGUUUUAAAAACGCAGAAACUUAUCGGAUCAAGUAUAAGCAAUGUUUAAUUAGGGCAUGCGAACUGAUCUCACAUUAUCUAAUCAAUCUUUUGAAGAAUUUAAACGACGAAAUUACACAAACUAUUAGUAAAGAGGAAAAUAUGUCAAAUAAUGCAAGAGAUGCUUUGGCUUACAAUAAAUUUGCCUCGAUUUCGGAAUCUUUCUUCCCACACUCAUCUCAAUUGGUGGAUUAUGCUCACAACUCUACGUUUGUUAGAUAUCGGGGUGAAUUGAACUCGAUAUUGAAUGAUAGUCUUGAUCAAUAUUUCCAAAUCAGAUCUAGAUUAUUAAACUCCAUUGUUUGGUUACAAUUAGACGAGACUAUUGUUAGAGCUAAAGAUGCUAAUCUUGUUAAAUUUAUUCAGGAUAAUAAAUCUUUUUUCCAACAACUCUGUGAAAAAGAAUAUGCUCUCUUCGUCAAAUUUUUCCCACCUCAAAUCAAUUGUAAAAAAGCUAUUAAUAAUUGGUUCAUAAAAUUAUGCUCACCAUUUUAUGAUACUGUAAGGAAUAAAAUACUAAGAGAAACAGAUAUCAACCUCCUUUGUGAAUCUGUUUUAUUAUUCACACCGUACUAUGAAUUUGAAGAAAAUUCGAAUGAAUAUUUAAGACAAUUCGAUCAAAUACAUUACGAUAAAAUAUUUAAACCAGUUAUGGAAAUUUUGCAAAAUAGAUUAAUCAACAGAGUUCAGGUCUAUGUGGAUGAAAAUAUAAGUAAGUAUACUCCAAAUAUUGAUGAUUUUAUCAUAUCAAAUCGUAAAUCCAAAUCAGAAGAUGGUGAAAAAGAAGAUGAGGACUUUGUGGAGGCAUACAUUGAAAAUUUUAAGGAUAAAAAAUCAGUAGCAUCUGUAGAACCAUAUUAUCCUCCAAUUGUUCGAGGCUUAGCACUUCUAUUCAAGAUAUAUGAGAUGAUUAAUUCUGUUGUGUUCGACAACCUGGCUCAUUAUGUCCUACAUAGCUGUAUUUUUUCAUUACAACAAGGAUAUCAAACACUAUUGAAGGAUGGGAAAAUUAUAUCUAACCUAGAUGUGAGGUUAUCAUACCUGAGAAAUUUACUACUAUUGCGUAAUGAAAUGCAAAACUUCAACAUUAAUUACACAUUUGAUGACACAAGAACGCAUGGUAGUUUUGACCUUUCGGGUAUGAAAGCAUUUUUUUCAUCAUUAAGAAGAACUAACUCAUCCAUAUUUUCUAUGUCAAAGGACUCGAUUCCUGAAAAAAUUAAUAAUAUGACCGAUGCAAGGUCCGAAUUGGUUCAAGAACUACGUAAAGCCAUCAAGGAAUUUACUGAAUUAGCAUCGAUGGAAAUUCUGGGAGAUAUUUUACAGAUAAGCGGAGAAAGUACCGAAUUAUCAAUUUCCAAGAGUUUAGAACUAAGGGAAAUUAUUGACAGUCAACUUCCUAAAAAAUAUAAAACAAUUACGGAGUCAAUUGACAAUAAAGAGAUUGCUGGUCAUUUGAUUGAAGCCAUAGGAGAAUAUAUAAGUCAAUCAUAUUCAGAAUAUUAUGAAGCUGUAUUGCAACUGGCUGAUAGUGAUAAAAUAGAAAAAGGUUCUAUUAAUGAUCUAAUGUAUCCUGAUGUUUUUACAGAAUUUUUGAAUAAUAAUCUGGAAAAAAUGACCACACAUGACCUCAAAGGUCAGUCGAAAGAGUGA